ACUGAUAAUCAUAUAGUUUAAACAAUUCGCGCGUGUUUUCACAUCCAGUAUAUUUUUUAUCAACGGUAAUGGAGAAGGGAACAACCAAUUUCUGCCUUCUCAAUAAAAUUGCCUUAGUCUGUGCCUUUAUUGUCGGAAUUCAAGUAACAAGAAUGGUGUUUAGAUUUUUGUACGAUAAUUUCUUAUCUACUAUCCUGCAGAUUAACGCCGUUAAUUUAUCAGAAACAGGAAAAUGGGCAGUUAUAACGGGGGCCACAGAUGGAAUCGGCAAAGCAUAUGCUGAAAUCUUAGCAAAGAAAGGAUUAAAUAUAGUACUAAUUAGUAGGACUCAAUCCAAACUUGAAGAUGUUGCCAAAGAAUUGGGUCAAAAGUAUAAAGUGGAGUUCAUGGUUCUUGUUGCUGAUUUCACCGAUACCGAUCAAAUUUAUAGCGACAUCGAAAAGAAAUUGAGUGGUUUGGAUAUUGGUGUUCUAAUCAACAACGUCGGUAUGAGUUACAACCAUCCAGAAUACUUUUUAGAUGUAAAAGAAAAAGAUAAAUUCUUUGCAAACCUUAUCAACUGCAACAUUUUCUCCGUUACAAACAUGUGCAAGAUUGUAAUGCCCGGAAUGGUAGAACGAAGAAGGGGAGUAGUUGUCAAUAUUUCUUCCACUGCAGCUCAAAUCCCCAAUCCUUUGCUAACUGUAUACGCUGCUUCAAAAGCGUAUGUGGUUAAGUUCUCUGAGGACCUUGCAUCGGAGUACUCUAAAUUUGGCAUUACUGUACAGUGCUUGUUGCCAGGUUAUGUUGCUACUAAUAUGUCAAAGAUAAAGAGCUCAACUUGGAUGGCUCCUUCUCCAUUAGCUUACGUCACAGAAGCCAUAAAAACUAUAGGAGUUAAAGAAAAAACUACUGGAUACUUUCCUCAUACCUUAUUAGUGUCAGUACUUAACACAUUAGACUGCAUCUCACCAAAACUAUCCCGGUGGGUGAUCUUUAGGACCAUGACCAAUAUAAGAAAGAGGGCUUUAAGAAGAGCAGUACAGUAACGUGAGAAUAUUGUUUUAUAGUCAAUAAAGGAUUUGAUAUACACCCAUACACUACACAGCAACAGAUUUUUUAAAUUGAUGUCACAAAUUUUAUUUAUUAAAAAAAAACUGUACUGGAGAUUUGGCAGUUGCUGUGGUAGCGUAAACAAUCUUCAAAUAUUAGUCUAUAGAGUUUUAUUUUACAUUUAGAAAAUAUUGGGUCUCUGUUUUUAAAACUAAUGUAUACACUUAAUAUUGGUACCCUCUAGAAUUAGUAGGAAAACUCUGUACCUCAUAUUUCAAUGUAAAAUCAAACUAUAACAUAAAUAUUACCACUAAAUAAAGAUUUUAUCAAAUGUUUUUGACAGUGUGAUAGACCUUCAAAUUAAGCCAUUAAUAUCCAAUGAAUUUGUUCCUUACCUUUAGCAACAUAUGUUCUCAACAAAUUGAAAUGUGAAUUGUAUUGUAAAAUAUUCUGUUUAAAUUGUUGUUUGUUAUAUUAUUUAUAUUGUUAUAUAUAACUGAAUAAAAUAAUUUAAAUACU